AUCAGCUAUGUAUUUUGUCUUGUUUUCAGGUUUGUGAAGUUUUCUAUGCCCAGUGUCCCUGACUUCGAAACGUUAUUCUCGCAGGUUCAGCUUUUCAUCAGCACUUGUAACGGGGAACACAUUCGAUAUGCGACAGACACUUUUGCUGGUUUGUGUCAUCAGUUAACAAAUGCUCUCGUGGAACGGAAACAGCCCCUGCGAGGGAUUGGCAUUCUCAGGCAAGCCAUAGAUAAGAUGCAGAUGAACACCAACCAGCUGACCUCAAUUCACGCCGACCUAUGUCAGCUCUGUUUGUUAGCAAAGUGCUUUAAACCCGCCCUCCCGUAUCUGCAUGUGGACAUGAUGGAUAUCUGUAAAGAGAACGGGGCAUACGAUGCCAAGCACUUUCUGUGUUACUACUACUAUGGUGGGAUGAUAUACACUGGGCUGAAGAACUUUGAAAGAGCGCUGUACUUCUAUGAGCAGGCAAUAACUACCCCUGCCAUGGCUGUCAGUCAUAUUAUGUUGGAGUCUUAUAAAAAGUAUAUCUUAGUUUCAUUGAUACUUCUGGGCAAAGUGCAGCAGCUGCCGAAGUACACCUCCCAGAUAGUGGGUAGAUUCAUUAAGCCACUUAGCAACGCCUACCACGAAUUAGCACAAGUAUAUGCAACCAAUAAGCCCUCAGAGUUGCGGAAUCUGGUGAACAAGCACAGCGAGACUUUUGCCAGGGACAACAACAUGGGGCUUGUGAAGCAGUGCUUGUCGUCCCUGUAUAAAAAGAACAUUCAAAGGCUAACCAAGACAUUUUUAACAUUGUCCUUGCAAGACAUGGCAAGCAGGGUGCAGCUCUCAGGGCCUCAGGAAGCGGAGAAAUAUGUCCUUCAUAUGAUAGAAGACGGUGAAAUAUUUGCAAGUAUUAACCAGAAAGACGGGAUGGUCUGUUUCCAUGAUAAUCCCGAGAAAUACAACAACCCAGCCAUGCUUCACAACAUUGAUCAGGAGAUGCUGAAAUGUAUAGAGCUUGAUGAGAGGCUGAAAGCCAUGGAUCAGGAGAUCACUGUGAACCCCCAAUUUGUGCAGAAGAGCAUGGGCUCCCAAGAAGAUGAAUCAGGAAGCAAACCAUCCAGUUAUUCCUGAAAAUCACAUUUUGAUUGCCACUAUAAUGUAGAGCAAAAAGAAAAAAAAAAAAAGCUAAAACGAACCACCCUUAGGAUCUGAGAGUUUAAAAAGGCAAAUCCAAAAUGAAAGCAGAGAGUGGACUGUUUCAUCUGGACAAUUAAGCAAAACUAAAAUGAUGUCUUCUCAGUACUGUAUGUCAAAUACGCUCUGCAAAGGAAGGAAGGAACAUCUCAUUCUGUUAUAGAUUUAUUUUGAGAUUGACCUGGUUAAUGCAUUAAAUAAUUUACUUUUUGUUUUA